AUGCCCGACCCCAGUCCUGAUCCUGUUCUGACUCAGACUCAGACUCAGGGACCCCAGACUCAGGACCCCAGACUCAGGACCCCAGACUCAGGACCUCAGACUCAGGGACCCCAGACUCAGGACCUCAGACUCAGGGCCUCAGACUCAGGGACCUCAGACUCAGGGACCCCAGACUCAGGACCCCAGACUCAGGACCCCAGACUCAGGACCUCAGACUCAGGGACCUCCAGACUCAGGGACCCCAGACUCAGGACCUCAGACUCAGGGACCUCAGACUCAGGGACCCCAGACUCAGGACCCCAGACUCAGGACCCCAGACUCAGGACCCCAGACUCAGGGCCUCAGACUCAGGGACCCCAGACUCAGGACCUCAGACUCAGGGACCUCAGACUCAGGGACCUCAGACUCAGGGACCUCAGACUCAGGGACCUCAGACUCAGGGACCCCAGACUCAGGGACCUCAGACUCAGGGACCUCAGACUCAGGGACCUCAGACUCAGGGACCCCAGACUCAGGGACCUCCAGACUCAGGGACCCCAGACUCAGGGACCCCAGACUCAGGGCCUCAGACUCAGGGACCUCAGACUCAGGGACCCCAGACUCAGGACCCCAGACUCAGGACCCCAGACUCAGGACCUCAGACUCAGGGACCUCAGACUCAGGGACCUCAGACUCAGGGACCUCAGACUCAGGACCUCAGACUCAGGGACCUCAGACUCAGGGACCUCAGACUCAGGACCUCAGACUCAGGGACCUCAGACUCAGGGACCCCAGACUCAGGGACCUCCAGACUCAGGGACCCCAGACUCAGGGACCCCAGACUCAGGGCCUCAGACUCAGGGACCUCAGACUCAGGGACCCCAGACUCAGGACCCCAGACUCAGGGACCUCCAGACUCAGGGACCCCAGACUCAGGGACCCCAGACUCAGGGACCUCCAGACUCAGGGACCCCAGACUCAGGGACCCCAGACUCAGGGCCUCAGACUCAGGGACCUCAGACUCAGGGACCCCAGACUCAGGACCCCAGACUCAGGGACCUCCAGACUCAGGGACCCCAGACUCAGGGACCCCAGACUCAGGGCCUCAGACUCAGGGACCUCAGACUCAGGGACCCCAGACUCAGGACCCCAGACUCAGGACCCCAGACUCAGGGCCUCAGACUCAGGGACCUCAGACUCAGGGACCCCAGACUCAGGACCUCAGACUCAGGGACCUCAGACUCAGGGACCUCAGACUCAGGUACCUCAGACUCAGGGACCUCAGACUCAGGGACCUCAGACUCAGGGACCUCAGACUCAGGGACCCCAGACUCAGGACCUCAGACUCAGGGACCUCAGACUCAGGGACCUCAGACUCAGGGACCUCAGACUCAGGGACCUCAGACUCAGGGACCUCAGACUCAGGGACCCCAGACUCAGGACCUCAGACUCAGGGACCUCAGACUCAGGGACCUCAGACUCAGGGACCUCAGACUCAGGGACCCCAGACUCAGGGACCUCAGACUCAGGGACCUCAGACUCAGGGACCUCAGACUCAGGGACCUCAGACUCAGGGACCUCAGACUCAGGGACCUCAGACUCAGGGACCCCAGACUCAGGGACCUCCAGACUCAGGGACCCCAGACUCAGGGACCCCAGACUCAGGGCCUCAGACUCAGGGACCUCAGACUCAGGGACCCCAGACUCAGGACCCCAGACUCAGGACCCCAGACUCAGGACCUCAGACUCAGGGACCUCAGACUCAGGGACCUCAGACUCAGGACCUCAGACUCAGGGACCUCAGACUCAGGGACCUCAGACUCAGGACCUCAGACUCAGGGACCUCAGACUCAGGGACCCCAGACUCAGGGACCUCCAGACUCAGGGACCCCAGACUCAGGGACCCCAGACUCAGGGCCUCAGACUCAGGGACCUCAGACUCAGGGACCCCAGACUCAGGACCCCAGACUCAGGGCCUCAGACUCAGGGACCUCAGACUCAGGGACCCCAGACUCAGGACCUCAGACUCAGGGCCUCAGACUCAGGGACCUCAGACUCAGGGACCCCAGACUCAGGGACCCCAGACUCAGGACCCCAGACUCAGGGCCUCAGACUCAGGGACCUCAGACUCAGGGACCCCAGACUCAGGGACCCCAGACUCAGGACCCCAGACUCAGGACCUCGACCCAGACUCAGGGCCUCAGACUCAGGGACCUCAGACUCAGGGACCCCAGACUCAGGACCCCAGACUCAGGACCCCAGACUCAGGACCUCAGACUCAGGGACCUCCAGACUCAGGGACCCCAGACUCAGGACCCCAGACUCAGGGCCUCAGACUCAGGGACCUCAGACUCAGGGACCCCAGACUCAGGGACCUCAGACUCAGGGACCUCAGACUCAGGGACCUCAGACUCAGGGACCUCAGACUCAGGGACCUCAGACUCAGGGACCCCAGACUCAGGGACCUCCAGACUCAGGGACCCCAGACUCAGGGACCCCAGACUCAGGGCCUCAGACUCAGGGACCUCAGACUCAGGGACCCCAGACUCAGGACCCCAGACUCAGGACCCCAGACUCAGGACCUCAGACUCAGGGACCUCAGACUCAGGGACCUCAGACUCAGGACCUCAGACUCAGGGACCUCAGACUCAGGGACCUCAGACUCAGGACCUCAGACUCAGGGACCUCAGACUCAGGGACCCCAGACUCAGGGACCUCCAGACUCAGGGACCCCAGACUCAGGGACCCCAGACUCAGGGCCUCAGACUCAGGGACCUCAGACUCAGGGACCCCAGACUCAGGACCCCAGACUCAGGGCCUCAGACUCAGGGACCUCAGACUCAGGGACCCCAGACUCAGGACCUCAGACUCAGGGCCUCAGACUCAGGGACCUCAGACUCAGGGACCCCAGACUCAGGGACCCCAGACUCAGGACCCCAGACUCAGGGCCUCAGACUCAGGGACCUCAGACUCAGGGACCCCAGACUCAGGGACCCCAGACUCAGGACCCCAGACUCAGGACCUCAGACUCAGGGCCUCAGACUCAGGGACCUCAGACUCAGGGACCCCAGACUCAGGACCCCAGACUCAGGACCCCAGACUCAGGACCUCAGACUCAGGGACCUCCAGACUCAGGGACCCCAGACUCAGGACCCCAGACUCAGGGCCUCAGACUCAGGGACCUCAGACUCAGGGACCCCAGACUCAGGACCUCAGACUCAGGGACCUCAGACUCAGGACCUUAGACUCAGGGACCUCAGACUCAGGGACCUCAGACUCAGGGACCCCAGACUCAGGGACCUCAGACUCAGGGACCUCAGGGACCGCAGCGACAGAAGAUUUCUUUCUGCAGCUCCAUGGGACAGUCCUGCGUCUGAGGAAGAAGACGGCAACAGCAACAUGGGACGGUGCGACGCCCUGGUGCUGCUCCUCUGCUGCCUCCCAAUCACAGUCGGCCUCCGCUGUUACACGUGUCUGUUUCCCGCCAUCUCUCCUCUGGACUGCUUCAAGUUCCCUCAGGAGUGUCCGGCCGGUCAGCGCUGCCUCUUCAGCGAAGCCACGGGACGGAGAGGAGCGCUGUCUGUCUCCAUGUAUGAGAAGAGCUGUGCCGUGCCGUCCCAGUGCGGGGUGAGCGGGCAGAAGUACUCCGCCGGCCUCUACUUCAACUACACCAACCUGUGCUGCGACACCGACCUGUGCAACAGCGCCCCCUACGGCCCAAGAGCCUCACUGCUGCCUCUGCUGCCCGGCCUGGUUCUGCUUCUCUACUGA